CCAGAAGACGUGACGAUUCAAAACUACGUGACGUUACGGGAUCGUAAAAAGAUGCUCAUAGUACUAACAGCUGUAACCGCUGCAGAACCUGAGUUCUCGGCUUACUCUGUCAUCUCCGUCCAGUCGUCGAAGGCACAGCCGUACGUUUACUCCAUCGCUGGAUUGUAUCCCCCCUCUAUGUCUAUUUCCCCCCCUCCACCUCCAUCACCUCCUCCUUCGCCAUCUCCCCCACCAUGUACCCCUGUUAUCUGCAAGCCUAGCUUAUGUGGCAAAACCCCCUUACUGUUUAGGCCGUCAUGAAAGUUAUAGUUGUGAAUUUUAAAAUAAAUUGUAAGCUUAU